AAAACAAGAACACUCAAACCAGAAGAAAUUACCGUGCUAAAAAAUGUACCCAAUAAUCCAGAUGAAACUUCUGCCAAGGUCAAGGUACCACCUAAAGCACCCGUAUCAUUUGAUGUACCUUUCAAACAGGAUCCGGCCAUCCCACUGGCUUCUGAAGCCAUCCAAAAGGUCGCUGACCUGGAGAAUGCGCCAGAAACCGAAGAAGACCAGUACGAAUCAGAAUUUGAAUCGUACGAGUCUGAUUUUGAAUCUGGUUCUUCGAAACAAUCUUCAUCAUCAUCGCGAUCCUCAAUGGCCAGUUCAACGAGCGAAAAUGACUCCCAGUCCUCGGACACAGAUUCACCAUGUGAGGAGUGCAAUCAUGAGCUAACUGAGGCUAAUACUCGUAAUGGAAAGGAUCAAAAAUUAGACUCGGGUAACUACGAAAUGAAAUCGAAAAGAUUAUUGAGCCCGGCUAACAGUUCAUCUAUUAUUGCUGGCUUCAAAAAUGACGAUAAUCAACCAGACUCUGGCAUGAAUAGUGGUCAAUUUGAUACACAGCCGUCAGUCAGUUCUAAUUUGCGAAUGAUGCAAAAGCGUCACACUGAUAUAUUGGAGAAAAUUUCACUAAACGACAUGACCUUUGAUUUGCACGAGCAACAACCUGUUCCUUAUGAGUAUUUUGUCACCAACUAUGGACUAGUUCAAGGUACCCUAAACUAUAGCCAAACAGAUACGGACACAACAGUUUCCGAAUCACAAACCGAUUCGAUAUACUCAAAAUCUUGCUGGACUCAACACCCACCCCAAUUUUCUAAACAAACUCUCGCGAAUAUUGACUCGGACUACAAUCAAUAUGUUGCGGAGAAGCACGGCAUAGGUCAAGAAAAUUAUCAACAUUCUAACAUAGCACAUUGCCCAGAUGAAACAGAAUAUGCAAAACUUUUUCAGUCUCUUGACGUAUCUACCAAAGACAGGUGGACUGGAAGUAAAAGGACCCAACGAAGCGUUCCUAGCAUACGCCAGCUUCGGAUGUUUCUUAGAAAGGCUGUUGCAUCUGUUCAGCAUAUUUUAGAAGCAAAAUCGAACAAAAAGUCCGAUCAAUGCAAAUCUAAGACUCUAAUUUUAAGAAACCACCCAAUCAUUUUCAAAAGCUUCGUAACCGGUACUUAUUUUGACCACCAAAAAACUGGACACAUACUUCUUACGGUACAUAGGUGCAUCGAAGAUGAAAGCCCGAAAGUGAGAAGGGAGCGGAGCAACGCCGUCGUUAUGUGGGACACUCGCAAAAGUUAUGCUCAACCAGAGGCAAUCCUUUCAGGUUGGGCCUGCGUGACUUGUGUGCUGCAGAAGGGACGAGCCGUGCUGGCUGGAACAGAAAAUGGAUCGAUACAGCUUUGGGAUUGCCUCGAAUCGGAAUCAGAAAUAGUUCCAAUUCAAAUAGUUACACCUGCGCAUAAAGAAACUACAAACAAUCUGUACGGAAGAAUUGUUACUAUCAAAUCUACCAGCCAGUCUGUUGGGAUCAAGGAAUCUACGGUCGAUAGGAUCAUUACUUUAGAUGAAUAUGGCGUUUUAGUUACGUGGAUGCUCACUGCGACUAUUCAUGGAAACUUCACGGAAAGUGAAGAAAAGCUCAACAGUACCUUUUCCGGGGCUCCGUUUCAAUUGGUGCAACAGAAAAUAUUGAACCUUUCGAAUAGCUUACCCGCAAAGCGGAACAUAGCUAUGAAUAUCUCGCCAAACGACAUCCGUUUCUUUAAAACGGGCAGCUUGGAGGAUCUUUUAAAUACGAAACAUGACGAAUCGAGGGAUGAUUUCUUCUGGGACCACAUGGUGUGCUGUAAGGACAUGGUCGUUCAUGAUCAUAAGGUGGUCAUUCUGUCCAAUUGUGGAAUGCUUGUAGUAAACUACAUUGAGAUGAUAGUUUGCCUCGUUCUUAAAAUUGACGUGUCAAUGUAUUCUACAAUUCAUCAGAACGCUCGAUCCCACGACUAUAUAUUCAUGUGUUCAGUUCCAGAAAAUGCAUUAAAAACACUGAAGAUUGCUAGAUCAACUCAUACCAAUGCAUUAAUUACGCAUGGACUAAAACUGCAAGAAUUGAAACGACAAAAUAGUUUCCUGACAAAGGCUAAGCAGAGUCCAGUUCUGAACAAUAAAUCUUGUGCUAUUCAAAAUAUAGUCAAAAAUGAACGACAAGUUUAUCAUGAAACAGAGAGCCGUAAUGGCAAUUCGACGUUAAAAAUUAGCAUCGGCCAAGACGAUAAACAUACCGAGAAUAUAUUGACGGCUGCCUCAGAAAUAGAUGCCGAAUAUUGCCAUAACGGAACACAUUUUCUCAUGAAUAAUAAAUCAAAGAAUUUCUUAAUCGGCAGAGGCAAAGCUCUAAGUCUGAGCACAGACAAUGCAAUUGUGCUCAUCGAUUUGAGAAAUAAUCAUAUGACAUCUAUAAGCGACAUCACAAAACAAUCUAAAAAUUGCCGUCUCAUAGGUUCAACUGAUACACACGUGAUAUUAUCCUUGGAUGGGCAACUCUCACUUAUGGACGUUUCGGAUUUUUUAUGAAUACCUAGUAUUAAAUAAACUAAACACGUUGUUUUUGUUAAACUAAUCAUUCAUUGCAAAGCUUCGAAAUUAAAAU